AUGUCCAAUUACACGUACAAUAAACUGUGGCAUGAGACACAGAAGCAUUUGGAGAGUGUGGCUGUGUCGGACUUUGAGAAUCAGGCACUUGAACCGCAAUUUGAUAAAAGUGCCGCGCAAACGGCCAUAUUUGAACUGUAUGUAAAGUACAUCUGUAUUGCGAAUAAGCUUGAGGAGAUUUAUGACCAGAUGGUCCAGCCCCAGAAACGUCUGCUGGUUAGGAAGGUGCUGGAUGCGUGCUUGGGAAGGGUUGUGGAACUCAAAGCUGACCUGGUUAAUAUCGAUAUCAUGGAGUUCAGCUACAAUGAUGAGGUGAUUGAGAGAUUGGGCCUCACUCCUCUGGACAUUGAGAUUCGAGUGCCUCGGUACUUUCGACGGGAAAGGGAGAAGGAGCUGGCACAGCGCAGAGAAACUAUGGAUGAGAUUCUGAAGAAGCUAGGAUGUUUGGACGAGGAGGAGGAGGAGGAGAAGAUGACUGAACUGGAAGCCAUCAGGGUGAUUCAGAUGCACGAGAGAGCACGCCAGGGCAGACUUCGAGCACAAUUCAUGAAGGAGAUUCGCCUGCUGAAGGAAAAGGGAAAGCCAGAGAGUGGGAAAGACAAGACAGAUUCGGGAUUGAUUGCCGCCAUGAAGAUUCAGAAGGUGUGGCGGGGUUUUGCCACCCGAAAGAAGACACGGAGGCGGAAGGUGGAGGAAAUGGUGCUUAUUGGCAUGAUUCCGCCACUUACAUCCACCAGACCAGAGUGCCUGGAGAAGAGUGAAAAUCUAACACAGCUUCGCUACAGCAUUCAGGCUGAAUUUCAGGAGGAGUUCCAGAAAGCCCUGCAAGGCACCAAAGAGGAGAUAAACACAAAGCAAGGUUCUGUCAUUUCGGAGGACAUUGCCGAUGAGAUAAGGAAUUGGUUCAAGGAGUAUAAGGGCCGCACUGGGAAACUUCCUGACUUCCCUUCUGAGGAACACGGAGGGUCACGGCACUUGUUGAGUCGUCAAGGAACAGAGAGUGAAAUGAGUCGAUCCUCAGCUCCUUCUUCUAAAGAGUCUAAGAAAGCAAAAGAUAAGUCUAAGAGCGCAGUAAAGUCUGGUGACAUUAACGUUGAAGAUACCUUUGAGAAUGGCUACAAAGCCUCUCAAAGUUCGUUUUUGCCAGAACUUAAAACCGGGAUUGAGGAGUUUAAUGACACAUGGCGCGACAAGGAUGAGACUCAGAAUGCCAAGCAAAGUCAUUAUGAGGAUAUGAUAUUUAACGAAAAGUAUGCUGAAGUUGAGGAUGAGCUCCGGAAGGUUGUAGAUGAUAUGAUGAGACAGGAGUUGGAACUUCUGCAGGCAGCUUUAGACCGCGACCGUGCUCAAAAGGGAAAGAAAGUUAAGAAGAGCAACAAGAAAGCUCGGAGAAGUGGGAAAAAGGGAAAGAAAAAGAAGGAGAAGGAUCUGACCCCAGAUCGAACAACUGAGUCUCUGUUUGAAGAGCUCUUCAUGAAUGGGAUCAUUAAGAAGUAUCCAGAAACACCUUUAAAGUCUUUUUUGGGUGAUAAAUCUUAUGUAGCUAGAUCAGGGAUUAAUCCAACUCCUGGGGAUAUCCGUCAGGUGAUCAUUGAGCAUUGUAUCCUGCCUUUGGGGUCAGAAGUUGUGAGGAACUUUGCUCCCUGUGUUAGAUCAAUCUUGCUCACUGGGUCUAAGGGGGCAGGGAAGAGGACCCUAGUUAAUGCAAUUUGUACUGAGGUCGGUGGGACUUUGUUUGAUCUGACUCCAGCUAAUAUUGUUGGCAAAUAUCCGGGAAAAUCUGGCCUGAUUAUGUUGAUGCACUUGGUGAGUAAGGUAUCAAGGUUACUACAGCCAUCGGUGAUCUAUAUGGGGGAUGCUGAGAAACCAUUUAUGAAGAAGAUCCCUAAAACAGAUCGAACUGACCCUAAAAGAUUGAAAAAAGACCUACCAAAGUUGGUGAAAAAUAUCGGACCUGAAGAUCGCGUAAUCUUCAUAGGGACUUCCUGUGCUCCUUGGGAGGCUGAUCAGAAGCUCUUACAGCAAGCCUAUAACAGGUUCAUCUACAUUCCCCGGCCGGAUUAUGGAACUUUAUCAUAUGCCUGGAGGACCUUGCUUAGUCAAUAUAGUGGGGUCCAAAGCACGUUUGAUUCAGGAGCAAUGGCCAAGAUUUCCGAUGGGUAUACUAUAGGUUCAGUAGUAAAAUGUCUCAAGGAGGUGAUAACGUGCAAGAGAAUGCUGCAGCUCCGACUACAGCCAUUAACUCAUGUAGAACUCAUUAAUUCCUUGAGCACGAAGGAUCCGGUGUACCGGGAAGAAGAGGAGGCCUUUCUGACGUGGUGGGGAAAGACGCCUCUGGGUCGACGAAGACAGCGUGUGUUGGAGUUGGAGAUGGAGGCGAGGAUUGAGAAGGAGAAUGCCAGCGACAAAGCCAAAAAGGGGGCCAAGAAGAAAAAGUAAUUUAAACCACAUCGUAUUCUGUUUGACUUCCACGUACGCAGCGCAUUUAAUGUAGGGAAUUACUUAGUUCCAAUGUUUUACUUAUCAUCACUUUAAUUUACAUCCGAUAAAUUCAGUCAACACCUUCGCCCGAGCUUCCGCAUAUUGGCAGU